GGUAUAAUUCGAACGAUGGACCUGUAUAUCUAUUUACAGUAAUCGUAAUCGUAAUCGUAAUCGUAACAGUCAACUUUAAUAAGAAUGAAAAGAAUAGAGAUUUCCCAAACUUCUGAAACUUCCUAUUAGACGCCGAGGCGAAACUUGGAGUGUAUGCAUGUCGGGCAAUAAUGAAUAUAUACCUUAUCUUCAUUCUCCAUUCUCUUCUUUUAGGAAAGUGGAAAACAAAUCGAAUUUUAUGACAGUGUGCGUUUCAAAUUAAGCACACAUGGCGACUAUUGCUCUACGCAUCGUUCGAAAAGAUGUAACUUCCAAGUUGAAAGUUAAUCUGGAACAAGUUCGACAUGGCCAUCAUAUUCGCGGAAAACCGCCGAUGAUCGCACGCACUUUGAAGCAACGACUGGAGUUGCUGAAUGAAACAGAUCCAGUACUAUCGGCUAAAGUGAACAUAGGCUUUUCUGUACCAAAAAUUUCGCCGCUAAAGAAGCAAGAGUGGACAUCCGAACGGAAGAAAAGACGAUCCGACGUGGAUUUUGAGCGAAGAGUGAGAAACGGACAGUUGUCGAUCGACCUGGAAGAAGCGAGGCGAGUAUGGUUGGAAACGUCGAGUCCAUUCGAGAUUCAUAAAAUCGCAGAACACUAUGGUAUUUUUCAACACUUGUUCGGGGACGCGUUCUUUUUCCCGGUCGUACCGCUGAGUAUCAGUUAUGAGAUCGACAAUGAUAUUUUCGUCAGAGUUCAUUCUGGAAACGUUAUAAAACCAGCGGAGGCAUGCAAAUUGCCGAACAUUGAUUACAAAGUCAAAGAAAACACGUUAUGGACAUUGGUAAUGUCUACUCCGGAUGGAAAUUUAGAAAAUCCGAACGAUGAAUAUUGUCAUUUGUUUCUGGGAAACAUUCCAGGGAACAAGGUGAACCAAGGCGAACGAAUAAUGGACUACUUCAAACCGAUUCCGGCUAGGGGGGCAGGUUAUUAUCGUUACGUAUUUAUUCUUUAUAAACAAAAUCAGCCGUUGGAUUACGGGGAAUACAAGAAAACGGAACCUUGUUUACAGCUAAAUGAACGCAACUGGAAUACGCUAGAAUUUUAUCGUAAAUAUCAAGAUCAUCUUACUCCUGCUGGUUUAUCGUUUUUCCAAAGCGAUUGGGAUUUCACGGUGAAAGAAUUCUUUCACACAGAAUUAGAUUCAGCAGAGCCAGUGUUUCAGUACGAGUUUCCCAAACCGUACGUUAGACCGCAAGAGUGGUUUCCAUUGAAACAUCCGUUCAAUAUUUAUAUGGAUAGAUACAAAGAUCCGAGAGACGUGAUGAAACAAUUUUUACUAAGGAAACUGCAGACUGUUCAUCCUUUCGCACAGCCGAAGCCACCUCUCAAGUAUCCUAAUGCUCGUCCCAUCAACGGACAAUUAGCUUCUUGGCUAAAAUUGGCAAUACAACACGAACGUUUAGGAUGGGGACGUGUGAACGAACUGAAAUAAAGUAUCGCGUUACAUUUACUCUCCGGAAUUUGAACGCGCUAAUUGUAAACUACUGGAUGGCGCUAAGCGUUUUUACGCUACACGCACGUAUGUAAAUAAAUAAUAUUAUACGUA